UAUUUCUCGAACAUGUCUUUUGUGUGGAAGCAUUUCGAAAUCUGCGAGCACAACGUGAAGAUUGCAAUUUGUAAUGUAUGCAAAGGACAGGUUAAUCGAGGAGGAACAACGGCGAAGACAUUCGGUACAUCAAACUUGAUCAGACAUUUAAAAAUUCAUCACCUGAAAGAACACGAUGAAUAUCUAAAGUCUAUCGAUCACGCAAAACAGGCAAGACCUUCCCUAACUCAACCAUCAGUGAAAUACGUCAUUCUUCAAAACCAGAGUUACAGCCGGGAUAGCCCAAAGGCGCAAGCCAUUACAAAGAAAGUAAUGGAAUUUAUUGUACUGGACGACCAGCCGUUUUCUGUUGUAGAAGACCAAGGUUUCCGCCAUCUAAUGGCGCACAUGGAUCCGCGAUGCACGCUGCCCAGCAGACGAUACUUUUCUACCCGAAAUCUACAAUGCUGUGUCAGCUCAUGUUCACAGUCUACUUAAUGCUGAGGUCAGAUACAUUAGUUUUACCACCGAUAUAUGGAGCGCUGAUGUGAGCCCAAUAUCACAAAUUUUCUGGUUCACAUACAGCAUCUGCGCUUGUCAUGGCUUUUGAAGAAAUGCUUGAAACCUGGAACAUUUCCAAAAGCAAAGUGCACGUAAUUGUGCGUGAUAAUGCCGCAAACAUGUGUAAAGCAAUGAAGGAUGCUGACCUACCUAACCUGCCUUGUACGGCCCACACUCUGCAGCUGGCCGUACAUGAAGGGUUGCUCUCACAGCGCAGUGUAACGGACAUAGUUGCGACUGGAAGAAAAAUAGUUGGCCAUUUCAAGCAUUCACCGCUCGCAUACUCCUGACUUCAGAAUGCACAGGCACAGCUGAGCCAGCCGAAGAAAAGGCUACAGCAAGAUGUCCCAACGCGAUGGGACAGCACGUAUUAUAUGCUGUCAAGUCUUAUGGAACAGAAGCAUCCUUUGGGGGCAUAUGCUGUAGACUACGAAUUACCUGUAACCCUCACCUCAUACCAAUGGGGUCUAAUCGAGAACAUAUUGACUGUUCUUGCACCAUUUGAGGAGCUUACAAAAGAAGCCAGCUCUUCCACUGCGACUGCAGCAGAUGUCAUCCCCUCAAUUGUUGCACUGAAACUUCUCCUAACAAAAAGGGCUGAAACGGACCACAAAUCCACACUUUUAGAAGCGGUUGAGAAAAGAUUCAGCAACGUUGAACAGGAGCCUUUGUACUGUCUGGCUACUAUCAUCGAUCCGAGGUACAAGGAUCUAUAUUUCUCCAACACAGCCAAACAUACAGUACAAAAAAUGCUUCAGAAGGUGUUACAAACAGAAACAGGAGAACUGAGUAAAGAGACGAGAUACGCUGAAGGGAAUGAAGAGUGCACAGAGGCGCCAGCAGAAAAAAUACCACGCAGAGCAAGCUUACUGUUGGCGAUGCACAAUGAGAUAUUGGGAGAACAGUCUGAAGUGAUUAAGGAUACGGGCAGUCGCACAGCACUGGAAAUGCAGAGCUACUUGUCUGAGCCACAAAUACCAAGAAGCGAACAGCCGGUGGUGUACUGGCGCACAAAUAAAAGCCGCUUUCCUGCGCUUGCUGAAGUUGCGCGAGCGUACCUUUCCGCACCCUGCACAAGCGUAGAAAGUGAGCGCUUGUUCAGCUCAGCUUCUCACGUGUUGGAUGAGAAACGAAACAGACAAAGCUGUAAAGAAGAAUUUGCAUGCACUUCUGAAAAGCCAUAAAUAAACGUCAGUUCUGUAGGCUAUAAGAUUCAUAUUUUUUAUUUUACCUUAAAAUUACACUGACUUAAUGAUUUAAAAAGCACCUGCUGUAGCAUCUUUGUUUUA